UUUAAAUCAUUCGUUUUUUAGCACAUUAUUAUUCUCUCUUUGCCCUUCUCUUCUAAGUCAUAGUUAUGGAUCUCACCAUCUCUCACUCUUCCCUGAAAGCAACACCUCUUAUUUCUCAACGUUAUAGGUUCUGCAAUUUUCAUGUCAGGAGCUCGAUUCCAAUUAAGCCUACAAUUAAUGAUAUCAAACCAUCCAAGUACUUCCCUUCGUCAAAAUACUCUGCCAAUAAAUUGAUCCAGCCAAUGGGGCUCUAUGGAGACAGCAGAUUGUCAAAACCCUUACUAUUUGGCCAACACAAUCGUAAUUUCGUUCAGGCAUCUGCAAAAAUCGAAUUUUCCGAUUCAAACCCUGCAAUUAGCAAAAAUCAACCUGAUGAAGCAGCUUCCAGUUUGGUUGCCAAAGUCUCACGUUUUGGAUCCACUCUAUGGACGUUCAUAAGACCCUAUACAAUGACUCAAGCAUUUACAUCGUCCAUAUGUUUAUUCGCAAGAGUAUUGAUUGAGGCACAGUUGUUUCAAUGGCCUCUGAUGUUUAAGGCAUUCUUGGGCCUAAUUAGUAUAGUUCUUGCAACCGUUUACAUGAAUGGCGUUAAUCAAAUUUUUGACGUCGAAAUUGACAGGAUGAACAAACCUCAUUUACCCUUACCAGCAGGGAAAUUGUCACUGAAACAAGCAUGGUUCAUGACGAUAUUUUCUGUAUCUACUGGCCUCUCAAUUUUGUGGUUGGUGAAUGCUGACAGAAUCACUACUUUACUCUACGGGGCUUGUGUUUUAUUGGCGACUAUGUAUUCUGCUCCUCCGUUUAGAUUGAAAGGAGAUCCUGUUGCGACGGCUAUUUUGAUUCCUUUGAUGAGUAUUUGUAACUAUUCCGGUGUACUCUACGCCACAAGUACUUCUCUUGGGCUUCCAUUCCAGUGGAGGUAUGCCUAACGAUUUUUUGUUUAU